ACUUUUAGUCAUUCUUUUCAUGUAUCUUGCUAUUGCAGUUUGAAAAUGGCUGCAAAAUAUAUAGUUGGUUCUAUUGCGGCAUCGUUUGCCGUUGCCUAUGUAGCUGAUAAUCUUGUUGCAGAUCAGAAGAUUUUUGGAGGGACUACACCUCACACUGUUUUGAACAAGGAAUGGUGGGAAGAAACCGACAAGAAAUUUCAGGUGUGGCCACGUGCGGCUGGUCCACCUUUGGUGAUGAACCCCAUCAGCCGCCAGAAUUUCAUUGUUAAGUCGGGAUCUGAAUCUUGAAGACCUAAUGUUUGCUUCUCUUUUGUCGAAGUUAAAGUUUGAUUUGCCAUUCACUUGUGAAGAAAUUGUUGCUUUGCUUUAUCCAACUUUGCUUUUACA